AUGAAAAUGGAAUAUUUGCCAUCGAAAAAAAUGAGACUUGCAGAUGGUUUGUCAAGGUUAAUACCAAAAUACAAUGAACCACUAGAAAACACAGUGACAGCUGAGUUAAAAGCUGAAAAUGAAAUAAAAUAUGUAUUGUGCAAUGCUGUGCGUGAAUUGCCUGUGACAUUGGAGGAAAUAAAAUUUAAGGCAGAGACGGACGAGUUUUCCCUAAAAAGGAAAAACAUAGUGAUAUCAGAAGAAACAAAUAAUACAAUACGUGUGGCUGGGCGUAACACAAUUUCGAAUUUGCAUUCGAUAUGUGAGAAUAUGUUUAUGUGUGCACAGAGAGUCGUAAUGCCCACACCACUACAAGGUCAAAUGUUUAAGGAAUUCAACACUGGAAAUUUAGGAAUAUCUCGGAUGAAGUCGCUUAUGAGGGGUUAUGUCUACUGGCCAAAAUUGUAUCUAGAUAUUGAGAAGUUGAUAAAGUCCUGCAGAGGUUGUGCUCUUGCAGCGAAAUCACCAUCUAUAAAAUUUCAGCCUUGGUCCAAGACCGAUAUUCCAUGGUGCAGAUUACACAUAGACUUCGCAGGACCGUUGAACCGAGCAUAUUAUCUAAUAGAGGAUAAAGCUAAUAAAUAUAGCAUAGACUACCCCUAUUUUGCAGAAAAAAGUGUUGGCGGCCAGCCACGAGAAACUUGUUUCUCCAAAAUAGUGGUAGUUUAUCCUGUUCAGAAAGAGUUGUUACCAAUCAGAAAACAUCACCGGGAUGUAGAUUACUACAAAGAUUCAGAGUUAGACGUUGAACUUCAGAAAUGUUUAUUGGACAAUUUCUUUGCUUGA